GCGACGAGGACGAAAAUGAGGCGCAAGGGUAAACAUUCAGAACGUCACUUCCUGUUGCAUUUAGCUGCCAAAAAAAAAAAGAAAAAAAAAAAAGAAAACACACACCACACGUUCGAAGUGCUAAAUCGUGGGAAAUAAUUGUUCGUUCGCCGCGUCACUGCAGCGACAGAGUCGACGCGUUCGCGCGAACCGUUUCGUUUUCCCGGUGAACGGAGCAGCGGCGUUGAAAGAAAGGGGCGCUGCGGAGAUGAAGGGACCCGUCACAGACAGCGAGGUGGUGGAAGAAGCCAGGUCGUCUCCCGACGGCGCGGACACCGAGGAGGUGCCGCCGUACCUGCGAGAGGAGCCCCCGGAAGAUCUGGAGAAGGACCACCCGAAGGCAGAGGCAGGCAUGGUGUGGAGGGUUACAGGGGGGCUGUUCAACAUGACCAAAGGAGCUGUGGGCGCUACCCUUGGAGGCGUCGCCUGGGUGGGCAGUAAAAGCCUUGAGCUGACCAAGACGGCGGUGACGAGUGUCCCGGCGGCGGGCGUGGGCUUGGUCAAAGGCAGCGUCUCUGCAGUGACGGGAGGAGUAGGGGCGGUGGGCUCCGCGGUAGCCAGCAAAGUGACAACAAAGAAAAAGGACAAGUCUGACUAGGGCCGAGGCAAUCCGGGGUGUGACUGGUGCGAGGUGUGCGAGGUGUGGUUUGAUGUGGGGAGUUACCGAAUAACGGCUGAUAAAAGCUGCCCAUCCGGUAACUUGUGACGAUAAGCUCUUCGUUUGGGUGGGAAUGGGAGGGACGUGGGAGGGAGGCACAUUGUUCACUGUCCAAAGAGCGGACCAGGAAAGGGGUCCCGGAGAGCUCCGGCAGCCAUUCCAUGCAAAAUGGGAUGAAAUCAUUAAAAUAGUUAUUAGCAGGCUGGCUUUUAGCCUUGGACCAAAUUAUUGCAGGAGACCAUUUGACAGGAUAGCACCUUAAUCAUCUAUUCAUCCUGUUGUUGUGAUCGGGUAGCGCGAAAUAUUUCUUAGGCAGCCUCUCCAUUUCAGAGUUCCAUUAAAAAUUAUAGGCAUGUUGUUGUCUAUUCUGUGGGAUGUACACAGUGGUUGCAUGUGGCAGACAUAUAAAACCGGGGAUGUAAAGAGCAUUAUGGUUUCUGUGAUAAUCCCCAUUCUGUUACAUUAAAUAUGCUUUCAUUGCCUAGAGCUUUUACUACUGUGCAACGGAAAUAGAGCAACAUAACCAAAGCCUGGACCAAAUGAAAACGGUGGCCAAUAUGUAUUAAAAAAAAAAAAAAAAAAA